AUGCGCCAUCUUGGACCACCAACAACCUGGGUUCCCAAGCCACAAUGCGAGAAGGGUGCCACAGAAUGCCACCUGCCACAAGAUCCAAAAUCCUGCGUAUGCCUCUCGCAGCAGUCUUUCCCACUUCGACAGCAAGCUUCGUCUUGCAGGAACACUGCGCUGAGUCGGCUGUUUAAUCUUCACUGGGCACCUGGGCAGCUGCUGGCUCCGUCUUAUCAGACGAUGGGGCUUCCUCAGGGGCCUGGUAGUUGGUGCCAACAGGCUGGGCCGUCGCAGACACUUCCUGAUAGCUUGCAGCAGGUGUGGUAG